UCGGCAGAUGGUGAGGUUGCAUGCAUGCACUGGUUGUCGAUGCUGUCGAGGGUGUCAGACGCGGCUCGCAGUGCGGCUCACCGGCAUCGCGCGUCGGAACACGUUGGAUCUAUUGCACUGAUUUUUGGUUUACUUGCUGAAAUUUUACGUGCAUAUCAUCAUCAUCACCGUGGAGCUGCGGAUGUUGCGUGGGUCAGACGCCGACAUUGCUCUUCUGUUCCAUAGGUGAUCACCUUGUGAAGAGCACAACAAAACAUCAGCGAAGUCCAGAACAGAUGCUCCUUGGGAAUUGGUUCUGCAGAUAUUUUAUUCUAGAUGAAAAAAGGUCAUUUGUGAGGAUUCUCUAGAGAAGCUACCCAACCCCAGAGCAGACCAAUGCUCAUGAACAUUUCCUUCAAGUCUUUACUUCGAAGACUGGCUCUCAUUUAACAAUUGUUAGAGCACGGGGAGCAGACAACAUGGUGCCUCCACUACUCUGGCUGUGUAUGGCCAUGCUUGUGGCUUCUCAGUCGCCUGUACAUGUCAAGUGUCCUCAUUUGUGUGUGUGUGAAAUCCGUCCUUGGUUCACUCCCCAGUCAACCUACAAGGAAGCAAAAACAGUGGACUGCAAUGACCUGAGGCUGACACGCAUCCCUAUCAACCUAUCCACGGAUACGCAAGUGUUACUGCUCCAGAGUAAUGCCAUCUCUCACACCCAGGGGGAGCUAGACGCCCUACUGAACUUGACAGAGUUGGACUUGUCGCAGAACAACUUCAGCUCUGUGGAAGCUGUAGGCCUCACAAGCAUGAAUCAUCUUACCACCCUGCAUUUGGAGGAGAACCAGAUCAGCCAGCUGCCCGACAACUGUCUAGGAAAUCUCUCUAACUUGCAGGAGCUCUAUAUAAACCAUAACCUUAUAGUUUCCAUCUCCGCUCGGGCAUUUGCAGGUCUACACAACCUGUUGCGUCUUCACCUAAACUCCAAUAAGCUCCACGUCAUAGACAGUCACUGGUUUGAAGAAACACCUAACCUUGAGAUCCUUAUGAUUGGGGAGAACCCAGUCAUUGGCCUUUUAGACAUGAACUUCAAGCCCCUAGGAAGUUUGAGGAGCUUGGUUCUCGCUGGCAUGGAUCUGGCUGAUGUUCCUCCAGAUGCAUUUGUUGGCUUAGAUAAUCUGGAGAGUAUCUCAUUCUAUGACAACAAACUGGUCAGAAUCCCCCAACUGUCCCUUCAGAAAGUCCCCAACUUGAAAUUUUUGGAUUUAAACAAAAACCCAGUUCGGAAAAUCCAGGAAGGAGAUUUCCGAAACAUGCUUCAUCUAAAAGAGUUGGGUAUUAACAACAUGAUGGAUUUAGUGUCAAUUGAUCGCUAUGCCAUGGACAACCUACCAGAACUGACCAAGCUGGAGGCCACAAACAACCCCAAAUUGUCUUAUAUCCACCGGCUGGCCUUCAGGGACAUGCCCUCCCUUGAGAGCCUGAUGCUCAACAACAAUGCCCUCACUGCUCUGUACCAGCACUCUGUGGAGGCCUUGCCAAACCUAAGGGAGAUCAGUCUGCACAGCAACCCUCUGCGCUGUGACUGUGUCAUCCUGUGGAUGAGUUCCAACAGGACCUCAGUACGUUUCAUGGAGCCCCUGGCAAUGGUUUGCACUUCCCCGCCAGAACUCAGGGGCCAGCGUGUUCGAGAGCUAAGGCUGCUAGAGUCCCCUGAGCAGUGCAUCCCACUGAUAUGCCAUGACACCUUCCCUGGCCACCUCGACCUCAAUCUUGGCAUGAGUGUCAGCCUGGACUGCAGAGCCAUGGCUGAGCCAGAGCCAGAGAUAUACUGGGUGACCCCUCUGGGAAGCAAAAUUGAGAAGGACACUGUGUCAGAACACUACCACCUUAGCAGUGAGGGGACUUUGUGGUUGUCCCAUGUACAGGUGGAGGAUUCUGGACAUUAUACCUGUGUGGCCCAAAACACAGAAGGAGCUGACACACGGGUUGCCUCAAUUCGAGUGAACGGCACCCUGCUGGACAGUGCGCACGUGAUGAGGAUCUACGUCAAGCAGACAGAGUCGCACUCCAUCCUUGUCUCUUGGAAAGUCAAUUCCAACGUCAUGUCCUCCAACAUAAAAUGGGCCUCAGCCACCAUGAAGAUUGACAACCCGCACAUCACUUACACGGCUCGUGUACCUGUCGAUGUUCAUGAAUACAACCUGACUCAUCUUCAGCCUGCCACUGAGUAUGAGGUGUGUCUGACGGUGUCCAAUGUCCACCUGCAGACGCACAAGUCUUGCGUAAACGUCACAACCCGUAGUGCAACCUUUGCCCUGAACCUGUCCGAGCAGCACCCGAGCGCUGCAGUCCUUGCUGUCAUGGCAACCGCGCUUGCUUUCAUCAGUUUGGCUACCGUGGGCGUCUAUACAGCUCGUAGAUGGAAGAGAAAGAACUAUCACCACUCCUUGAAGAAGUACAUGCUUAAGACCUCCUCUAUCCCACUCAAUGAGCUUUACCCGCCGCUCAUCAACCUGUGGGAGGCUGAUGGGGAGAAGGACAAAGAUGGCAGCACAGAGGGAAAACCCUCCCCUGUGGAUACCACGCGUAGCUACUACAUGUGGUGAGGAUGGAAUGAGGAGACACAGCCGCCUCAGCACAAGACAAGAAACUUUUGCCAUUUUUGGUGCAAAAGUCAAAGUUGUAUUGUCGGCUUUGCUGAUAAGUAGCAGAGUGAACAAAGACAGGAUUUUGUUUAAUUAGUAUAGCGUAUCGCAUUUGUUUGAUUCAGCAGCUGUAUAUAGCGUCCAUGUUGCUUUAGUUGCUAUGCCAUGUCUGUGGUGCAUUUCUAACUCACUUUUACUCGGGUUAAUAACACGACAGCAGGGGCAGCAUUGGUAAAGAUGAUUCUUUCUUUCUGUUUUGUAAAACAGUGUGCACUGAUAGGUCGAGGAGUUUGUAUGAACUCCGACAAAUACAAGCUGACAGAUCGUUUAAGACUUGCUCCACUGUCUACUGAAUGUUGGCAACUGUGCAGUAAUGUUGUAUCAACUAUACCUUUACAAUUUGUCAUUUAAAUACAAUAGCAAUUUAGUUUGUAGAUAAUGUGACGUUACAUGCUAGAAAUACAAUUGUUGGCUAGAACAUUUUAUUUUUCAAACAAUGAAACAUUAGAAUGUUUUUGCCCACAUCCUCAUAAAUGACAUAAAUGAGGAUGUACUUUUUUGUUAGGAAUUUUGCUGAUUGGUUAGAUUAUUUUCACAUGUAAUAUGUUAUAUUGACAAUGUCAAAAUAAAUACUUUUUUGAUUCUUUUGCAGACUUCUUUGUUUUUUUACUGUUUCAUUUUAGACAUGCUGCACAGAUUCAAUUGAUAGCUGUCAGAGCCACCCCUUCAUAAGCCAUGGAGGCUUACUAGGGGCUGUGCAUUGCACCCGUGAGGCAUAGAGCGAAUAAUGGCAGAAUUCACCCACUUUUCAAUAAAUAAAAAAAGAACAAAACAACUAUUUGUUGUGGUACACUGUAAUGUUACAGCUGCUGCCUUCUAAGUCAGAGGGUUCGGGUUCAAUACCAGCCUUGAACAAUUAUUGAACAAUUUGUUGUCAAUCCCUUGUGGUGUAAUGGUACAACUGCUUCCUUUUUAGGGCAGAGGGCUUGGUUGAACAAUUUGCUGUGGUACAUUGUAAUGGUACAGCUGCUGCCUUUUCAGGCAGUGGGUUCAUUUUCAAUCCAGCCCUGAAUGGUAAAUGGUCUUUCACUUGUAUAACGCUUUUCUACCGCCAGGGCCCUCAAAGUGCUUUGACACUUGACGACGCAGCAUCAGGAGCAGCUCUUGCCCAAGGAUACCUUCAUCAUCCCAUCAUCAUGGGAAGACGGAGGAUCAAACACACAACCUGCAGUUUAGGAGACGACCACUCUACCAUCUGAGCCAUACCAUCUCCCUGAAUAAUUUGUUGUCAGUCCCUCACAAUAUAAUGGUGCAGCUACUAGGGCAGAGGACUGUUCAAUCCCAACUCUGGACACUUUUUGAAAAGUGUUGUUACAGCUGCUUAAGGCAGAAGGCUGAAGUUCAGUCCCAGCCCUGGAAACAUUUUUUGAAAAAAAAAAACAAAUCUGGUGCAAAAGAAUUUACUUUGCAUCAAAAUAAUGUAUUUCCCAUAUAUUCAUAUGACUUAUUAAUAAAUGUAUGAAAUGUAUCCUACUAAAUUCAUGUUUAAGUCAAAUAGUACAAUAGCUUGUAAUAGAUCAGUUAGGUCCAGAAAUGCUGGUGACACUCUUGUUUGUGAUACAGUCAUUUUGUGAUGAGCGGGUGGGACUUGCUUAGGGCUCAGUUUGGCCAAGGGCAGCCCUUCUUAUAGUUGUCUAUAUAGUUGCUGCACAAUGACUGUUAGUAAUAAA